GAGCUGUCCAAGCCCGCUGCUAGUCCAUGGAAUUGACGUCCAGGCAUCUCGCUCGAUGGCCUGAUAUCCUCAUCCCACAGGUUAUAAAUCUUAGAAACUUUGCAAUGUACGACACCCCUACAGACCCUUUCUCUUUUAGCACUGAUGCAUUCACGAUCUGCAGAUCACUUCAAAGUUCCGAUGCUCCCUCCAUAUAUGAAGUGAUGCUAAACAACAAUCACAAUAAACGAUAUUGCUUAAAAGGGUACUAUGAUAAUGGCGGCCCUGGUUCUUCGAAGAAGGGCCGCGACCUGCACGGGUUCCGGUGUGAAUUGAAGGCUGAUAGAACCUGCAACUCCAUGGAGUGUGUCAAGACGGCGUGGGUCCAGAUUUUUAUGGUUGUUUCGACGAACUGGAUCCAGCACUUUAUCGGUCCCAUCUGAAGUAUUCCGAAAAUAACGCUUGCAAGCCCAAGGCAAUCAUGCUCGAAUGUCUGCCUAGUACGACAGGACCCAAUUGCCCGAAUUAUUCCGGAGGGGUUUCAAACGAUAUUCGUAAGGCUCAUGUUCUUCAUCAUGAGGCAUAGCCCAAGAAUAUCCUCGUGGUGCCCGGAAACUCCCUGCGAGUGUGUCUGGGUCGAGUUUGAUGUUGCUAUAAGUUAGUUAUCUGGAUGCU